AUACAAUAGCCCGUAAAUCACACUCGUGCUCGAGUUCAGUUUUGACUAAGGGAGUGUUUGUUCUAAGUGCAAUGGCCCCACUAUUUUUAAGAGUAAAGCAAAGUCCUUCAAAAUGUAUACUAUAACACCUUCAUGUCAUUUACACAAACCAACUAAUCGAACAUUAAAAAAGAAACGGCAAACACCACCCUUAAAAAAAAUCAUGAACAAAUCGGCAUUUCUUUGCUUUAUUAUAGUACUAGUGCUGCCCAUUGUAAGUAGUACAGAAAAAGAUUAUCCCGACAGUUUCCGUAUCGAGGUACAAGAUGAAGAAGAUGACGAUUUCGAGGUAUUGGGGUUGCUGUAUUCGGAAAGUGAGCACGGAAAUAAAGUUACCGUAAAUGUGGAUGAAUUCGGUGCAGUUGGUGAUGGAGUGUCUGAUGAUACUCAGGCUUUUGUAAAUGCAUGGAAACAAGUUUGUACAUCGAAAAACUCUGUUUUCUUGGUUCCGGAAGGGCGCGUUUAUCUAGUUAACGCGACGAGAUUUAAAGGGCCUUGUGCUGAAAAGUUGGUAAUCCAGAUUGAUGGAACUAUUGUAGCGCCAGAUGAUCCGAAAAAGUGGGACACAAAAAACCCGCGAAUUUGGCUUGAUUUUUAUAAUUUAACCAAAGUGUAUUUCCAAGGCGACGGAAUUAUCGACGGCUCGGGCAGUAAUUGGUGGGCAGCUUCCUGCAAAAAGAACAAAGCCAAUCCGUGCAAAGGAGCACCAACGGCUUUAACUAUAGAUGCCAGCUCAGCUGUAAGAGUGAAAGGGAUCACAAUUCGAAACAGCCAACAGAUGCACUUUGUAAUUUCUCGAUGCGAAUCGGUUCGUGUGAGUGGUGUGGAAGUUUCCUCGCCGGGCGACAGUCCAAACACAGAUGGAAUUCACAUCACUGGAUCGACAAAUGUUGUCCUAGAAAACUGCAAUAUCGGGACAGGCGAUGAUUGCAUCUCGAUUGUGAAUGGCAGCUCGAAUAUCAAAAUGAAGAAUAUAAACUGUGGACCUGGUCAUGGAAUUAGCAUAGGUAGUCUUGGGAAGAACAACUCGACUGGCAUAGUCGAAAAAGUUGUAGUGGAUAAAGCUUUUCUUCACGAUACCACAAAUGGUCUUCGGAUCAAAACUUGGCAGGGAGGCUCUGGUUACGUGAGGUCCAUACGCUAUCAAAACGUGAGGAUGGAUAAUGUCUCGAAUCCCAUUAUAAUCGACCAGUUCUACUGCGAUUCACCGACUACUUGUCAAAACCAGACAUCAGCAGUGGAAAUAAGCCAAAUAGUGUACCGGGAUAUAAGCGGGACUUCAAGAACCAAAGAAGCUAUGAAAUUUGCAUGCAGUGACUCAGUCCCCUGCACAAAAAUACUUCUCAACAAUAUCAACUUACAGAGGAAAAAUGGCACUGUGGAGACUUUCUGCAACUCUGCUUCGGGCUCUGUUUCUGGGAAUGUUCAACCUUCCGCGGACUGUUUGUUAUCUUCCGACAAAGAAGACGAACGCAGCAGAGAAUAUAUCGUACAUACAGAACUAUGAGACAACCUAGUAAUAGUUUGAGCGCAUUCGAAACCUUAGAUUCCGUAGCCAAACAUAUAGUUUUAUAAGCGAACACGUCUUUAUACAGUUUCCACACUGGAUAAGUAUAUUCCUUACAGCUUCCUUUCUUGUAACAUUGUUUCUGUAAGUAAUUGUGUUUAGAUAAUUAUGAUCCUGUAAUAUAUAUCUCUGUUUGUGUCGUAGAUAGAAACCGCUGCGAUUUCUAAAGCAUAAUAAACGUCAAACGAAAGUUACGGAUGUUACCUGUUCUUGAUUUUCACUAUUUUGCCAGAAGAAUAAUUAUUUAAUUUGACAUACAAAAAUUAGCAACCAAAUAACACCUUGUAUACGUAUAGGCUGUUUACAUGUUUCCAACGAAAGUGAACGAAAAAUAAAUAAAGCCAAGAAAAA